AUGGCGGCCUUGAGCGGAGUGAACACGUCGCUGCUCGAUGGCGACGUCCCGUUCAGCGCGUGUGGCUUUGGCCUUGACAAGCGCCUAAGCAAGGCCUGCGCCAAGAUGCAAUUUGUGCAUGCGACGCUCGUCCAGAAGCACUGCAUUCCGCUGGCGCUCCAGGGCAAAGAUCUCCUCGUGCGCGCGCGGACGGGCUCGGGUAAGACCGCGGCCUUCUGCCUGCCCGUGCUGCAGAAGAUCCUCGCGGCCCACACGCCGUCGACGAAGAAGUCGAUCAAGGCGCUCAUCCUUGUGCCUACGAAGGAGCUCGUGGACCAGACGCGCGCCCAUUUGUGGGAACUCAUGUACUAUUGCCGCGACGUUGUCUCAGUGCUCGGUCUCAGCGGCCAGAGCGUCAGUGCCCAGCAGGCGCUGCUGCGUGAUGUGCCUGACAUCCUCAUCUCGACGCCGUCCCGUCUUGUGGUGCAUCUCGAGGCCGGUAACGUCGACCUCAAGAGCUCCGUGCACACGGUCGUCAUGGACGAAGCCGAUUUGGUGCUUUCGUUUGGCUACGGCGAGGACGUCAAGAAGAUCUUCAACGCGCUGCCCAAGAUCUGCCAGCACUUUUUCAUGUCGGCGACGCUCAGCCCGGAGCUCGAUGCGCUCAAGAAGGCCGUCUUGCACAACCCCGCGGUCGUCAAGCUCGAGGAGGGCCACAGCGACGGAAAGCUCCAGCAGUACUACCUCCCGGUCGUCAAGAAGGACAAGGACCUCCUCGCCUACGCGCUCAUCAAGCUCGGUGUGAUCCACGGCAAAGUCAUCUUCUUUGUCAACUCGACCGCGGCCGCAUACCGCCUCAAGCUCUUCUUCGAGCAGUUUAUCAUCAAGGCCGCGGUCCUCAACGCCAAGCUGCCGCACAACUCGCGCCAGCACAUCAUCCAGCAAUUCAACCGGGGCAUGAUUGACUUUUUGAUUGCAACCGACGACAGCGUCGACAAGGACGAAGGCGACGACGACGAAGCCGACUCGGACGAGGAGGAAGCCGAGGACGAGGACGAAGACAAUGAAAACGAAGAGGAAGAAGAGGAAGAAGAGGAAGAAGACGAGGAAGAAGACGAGGAAGAAGCCGCCGAGAACGACGACGACGACGCCGAAGAGAACGACGAAGAGGAUGAAGACGACGACGACGACGAGAACGAAAACAUGCUCGAUGGCGAGGACGACGAGCCCGAGUUUGGCGCGUUUGGCGACGACGAUGACGACGACGACGAGGCGUCCAAGCCGACCAAGGGCAAGCGCGAAGCCGAAGGCUUUGGUGUCAGCCGUGGUGUCGACUUCCGUGGCGUCACGUUUGUCAUCAACAUGGACUUUCCAUCGAGCGUCAAGUCGUACACGCACCGGAUUGGUCGUACGGCGCGCGGCGGUGCGUCGGGCACGGCGCUCUCGCUGGUCGCGACCGACGACGCGAACGAGAAGCGCAUUCUGGAGAAGGUCCAAUCGCGCCAGGCGCCGGUCCUUCUCGAGUCGCAGGACCUCGUCAAGCAGCCGGCCCCGCUGGCGUUCAACGUGCAGGAGAUCGACUGCUUCCGGUACCGCGUCGAAGACGUGCGUCGCGCCGUGACCAACGUCGCGGUCCGCGAGGCGCAGCUCUCGGACGUGAAGAAGGAGAUGCUCAACUCGGAGAAGCUCCGGUCGCAUUUCGAGGACCACCCGCGCGAACUCAACUUGCUGCAGCACGACAAGACCGUCGGGAAGGCCCGCAUCCAGCCGCACUUGGCCACGAUCCCGACGUACCUCGUGCCGUCGGCGCUCCAGGCGCCGGCGCCGGCCAAGAAGCGUAAGCAAAAUGUCAACUAUGCUGGCAAGAAGAACCACAAGCGCCGCACGGACAACGACCCGCUGCACACGUUUACGCACGACGAGCCCAAGCCCGAGGCGGAAGAAGACCGCAUCACGUACGGCGACCGCGGCGUCGGCAAAAGCACGUCGGGCCGCCAAAAGUGGAAGUCGAUGCACAAGAAGGGCCACUUCAACCCCAAGACGAUCGCCAAGAAAGAGCGCAAGGCCCGGCUCGGCGCCAAGCACUAA